UGCCGGUGCCGGUGGCUUUUCAUCCUGUAUUAAUGCAAUCGACCAGUGAACGAUCGAUGGAGAUUCAUGUUUGAGGUCCCCGUGGUCUACAGCGCUGGCUUGGUGCUUGUGGUCGUAGUGCUGGUAGGUGUGCUGAUUGCGCUCUGCGUCUCCCUGCAGCCGGCCUUUGCGGACACGCCAAGAAGAGUGAUACGCCAGUUCUCGUUCACGCCGCGCGGCGUGCAGUCGCCGCGCGCCUACUUUGCGGGCACGCCGAGGCAGCGCUUCCGAUGAUCCGUAGAUUGUCAAUAGACGCGAAGGCCUUCUGCGACCGCUUACGGUUAAGAGCGAGGGGCGGACGGGGUGGCCGGGGCGCGGUGGCCUGGGACGUGACGAACCGAUCGAGAGGCCGCAAACCGGCCGGCGGGUCCGGCGGCACGGGCGGCGACGUCAUCGUGCGCGUGGUAGCUCAUAAAGACGCGCUCGAUUCCACAAGACGCUUCGCGGUUGGUGAGGACGGCACGAACGGCGGGCCGUCCAUGAGAAGAGGCCGGGACGGCCCUCCGACGUACGUGGACGUGCCUCCACAUACAGCAGUCAACGGCACGGUCCUCCACCGUCCUGGUGAAGAACUUAUUGUAGCACGCGGCACGAGAGGAAGCCCGGGCAACGGCGUCUACCGAGGACAGGGCGCUUUCGGGCUGACCGCGUCCGCAGCACCUUCAGACGUCGUCGUCGACCUGGAGAUGACGCUCGCCGCCGACGUGGCGCUCGUGGGCAGCCCAAACGCCGGAAAGAGUUCUCUACUGAAAGCUUUAUCGAGAGCAGAACCAAAAGUCGCGCCCUACCCGUUCACGACGACGCACCCCGUGAUAGGUGUGGUGGAGUUCGAGAACGAAUCGGAGCUUGACGUCGUGCGCGUGCUAGACGUGCCUGGAUUGUUGGAGGGCGCCGCUUCGGGGAAAGGGCUGGGCGACGACUUCUUGCGGCACGUGGCUAGGUGUGCUUCUGCCUUACAUGUUGUUGAUGCGUCAUGUGACGAUCCCGUCGGCGAUUUGGCGACGGUGCGGGGCGAACUUUUGAGGUUCGGCUUGGACAUGCCGUUCCGCGUCCUGCUGUCGAAGAGCGACCUCGUGGCGCCUGAGAGACUGUCCGAGCUCGAGGGAGCUCUCUCCCAGUACAAUGUGAGUGUCGCUUCAACAAUGAGUGGUGAAGGCCUCGGCGAGGCGGCGUUGGCCUUGCGGCGACUCGCCCGCGCCGUCGCGACGCGUGGACCCUCUGACGGCCGCGUCGACGGCGUCGAGGCGACGCGAUCCCAUGAAGACGACGCGGGACGACGACGACCACCCCUGUAACAGUUAUAUACUUA